UUAAACAGUUGACUUUUGUCGUGCAAAUAAUUUAAGGUUCCUAUAAAACAGCUUUCAAAGAGUAUCGAAAUUAAAAUAAUUGUUAAAAAUUAAAAAUUAAAAACAAUCUAGUUCAAAGGUUGAAGAACCUCAAAAUUCCCAAGUGAUCGAAAAAGUUUUAAAAUUUAAUUAAAAUGAUUUUGAAAGAGUUACUUGUAAUAUUGUGUAUAACGUUUGUGCCUUCGUAUGCUUUAAUUGCAUGUGAUUACAACUAUGAUGAAAACAAUUUAUACACCUGCAGGAUGUUAAUUUUCAAUCCAUCUGGUGGACCAGUAGCCAGUAUUAUGGGAAAUCAUUUAAUAAACAUGACCAAUAAUGAUGUAGUUCAAGUCAUUUCAGCUGGAACAACUGCAAACAUUCCUGCAAUAAUAUGCAAUAGUUUUCAAAAUUUAGAAAAAGUGGAGUUUGUAAAUUUGGGAAUAAUUACGUUGUCUAAUAAUCCGUUCCUAAAUUGCAAUAAUCUUGCUGUACUAAAUUUAAGCAACAAUAGCAUCACUACUUUAUAUCCGCAUUUAUUCAUGAACACACAUAUGGAAGAACUUUAUUUGGAUUAUAAUUCAUUAGCAGAAGUUACUUCUGAUGUACUCGUGGAUUUAAAUUAUUUAAAAAGAUUGAGUUUCAGAGGUAAUGAUCAAACAACAAUAACUGGAUCAGCCUUUGAGCAUUUGAUAAAUCUUGAAUUCUUGGACCUUAGUGAAUGCAACUUGACUGAUCUAAGUCCAGGACUGUUCGAUAAUGGAUUAAGUCAAUUAAAAGUUUUGAAUCUUGCUGACAAUUUACUGACAGACAUUCCUGCUAAUACAUUUGAUGAUCUUACAGCACUUGAAAUCCUUGCAUUAGACAUUAAUGAAAUUUCUACACUAAAUGGAGACAGCUUUAAACUACCUGGCUUAAGAGCUUUAUUCCUCGAUUCAAAUAAGCUUGAAAAUCUGCCAGAUAAUGUUUUUGGACAUCUUCAGAACUUGGAAAUUUUGUAUUUAUCAGACAAUAAUUGUUCAAACCUGCCGUCAAACAUUUUCAAUCCAUUAUCAUCAUCAUUGACAACUUUAGGGAUGCAUUCAAGUCAUAUAGAAAACAUUAAACCUGAAUGGUUCCAAUCAUUGCCAAAUCUUACAAUCUUGUUGCUUGAAGAAAAUGAAAUCAGGGAAAUUCCAGACAGAACGUUCGACUCGACAAAUCUGAAAUUAUUGUCCUUGUAUGGAAAUCAAUUGAAUGAGCUAAGUUCAAGAUCUUUUGGUUCUGUAAAAGAUUUGAGUCACUUGGAUGUUAGAAAUAAUCAAAUGAUUGGCAUUGAUCAUCAUUUGAUGAAUCGAACGACUGACAUGAAAGUUGCAAUGUUUUCUGACAACCUCUGUGCUGAUUUUGAUACUUUAAGUUAUGAUUUAGAACCUGAUACAUAUAUGGGGCAGUUGAAGGAUUGCUUUGAUAACUAUGAUAGAACUCCAUUUGUUCUGGAGACAAACAACUCAGAGUCUUAUGAAUGGUACAACAUUCGUCCCAAUGAUAGAUGGAGAGAUAUUGAAUUUAACAUCACAGCUCGUGAAAGUGCACACAUUGGAUUGACUGAUUCUAUAACAAACCAAGAUCUUUUGAUAGAGAUACGAAUUGGUGCCUUAGGAAACACAGUUUUUCAAAUCAUAGAUCGAGGACAAGAGAAAAUUUCAAUGCCAUUGCCAAAUUUUUUACAUCCAACUGAAAUGCGAACAUUCAAAAUUCAUGUAGCAUUGAGUUUUAUUACAUUUUUCAGAAAUAAUGAAGAAUUUCCAUUCUUUGGGUAUUUUAUUACUGACUAUUUUCCUAUAAACUUCUUUGGAAUGAGGACACAAAUUCCACCAGCUGGUUCAGUAGAAAGUGCUUUCUGGAGUGUCCGAAGAAUCCAGACAUAGGAAGCAGUCCACAUCCAAGUGAACAUCAAAUUGCUCAAUUCCAAACUUAAUGUCAAAUUCCAUUCAAAGCAGCAUUAAAAAAGUACUCAAUUUUUAACUGCAUUUCAAUUUUCCCUUUUUUAUAAUUUCCUUACCACAAUCAUCAAACCUAAAAAAAAGUAUAUAAAAGUACAUGCAUGUGUUCCUAACAAUUUGC